GCGGCCCGGGGCGGUGGGCGCCGCGGCGCCGGAGGCUUCCCGUGCGCUCCUGGGCCAGGAUGGCAUUAGCUCUGUGUCUGCAGGUGCUGGGCAGCCUGUGUGGCUGGCUCUCGCUCUAUACGUCUUUCUGCUGCCUGAAUAAGGCCCGAAGCUAUGAGUGGAGCUGCCGGCUUGUGACCUUCACCCACGGAGUUCUCUCCAUAGGCCUCUCUGCUUACAUUGGCUUCAUUGAUGGCCCUUGGCCUUUUACCCACCCAGGGUCACCCAACACACCUCUCCAAGUUCACAUGCUGUGCCUGACCUUGGGCUACUUCAUCUUUGAUCUGGGCUGGUGCGUCUACUUCCGGUCUGAGGGCGCCCUGAUGCUGGCUCACCACGCCCUCAGUAUCCUGGGCCUCAUCACGGCCCUGGGGCUCGGGGAGUCGGGCACAGAGGUCAACGCAGUCCUCUUUGGCAGCGAGAUCACCAACCCCUUGCUACAGAUGCGUUGGUUUCUCCGUGAAACGGGGCACUACCAGAGUUUCACGGGCGACGUGGUGGACUUCCUCUUCGUGGCUCUGUUUACUGGCGUGAGGAUCGGGGUCGGGGCUCACCUCCUUUUCUGUGAAAUGGUCUCACCCACGCCCAAGUGGUUUGUGAAGGUCGGAGGAGUGGCCAUGUAUGCUGUGUCCUGGUGCUUCAUGUUUAGCAUCUGGCGAUUUGCGUGGAAGAAAAGCAUCAAGAAGUACCACGCGUGGAGAAGCAGGCGGAGCGAGGAGCGGCAGCUAAAACACAAUGGACAUCUCAAGAUGCACUAGCCCAGGCUUGCUUCCCAGGACAGACGGGGUUGAGUCAGCCUUGGAAAGUGGGUCACACACAGGACUGUUAUGGAAUCAUGGUUAGAACACACUUAGGUUUACAAA